CCCCGCCCUAACCCACCAGUGUUCCCAACACUCUCACACACCUCCCCUCCAUAACACACCUCACAACACCCACAAACCCUCACAGCUCUCCAUUACAUCACUUUCACCAGAUACCAGUCAUUUUUUCCAGCACCAUUACCCUUCAACCCCCCUUAACUAUGCCGUUAAAAGGAGCAAAAUUCUGGUUGAAAAUGCGAAGUAUAGGGUGGUAGUGUUGGCAAGAUUGUGUGUAACAUGGCGGAGUGUGGCUGGCAGAGCCAGUGAGUGAGGUAGUGUUUCUUGUUACUCUCCCUCUCUGUGUGUUCAGUAUUCCCCAGAGUAGUGUGUUUGCCUGAUUUACCUCGUCGCGGUGACCUCUUACACCCGCCUGUCACGCCCAACACGCCCGCCGCGCCCACAGAUUGUGCAGUAUGAUUGUGGGCGGUUAAAUAGCAGGGUCCCUCCAGUGGGCGGCCUUCUCAUCAUCCACGCCUAAACAUCACGCCCACUGGCCCUUCUUCUCCUACACACACCCACACCAGUCCACCCAAGUGUCUGUUUAGCCUUAAAUCACCCAUGGCCUCCUGCUUUGCCCUGGCCUGAGCAGCUGCAAACAUGUCCAUGUUGAAGUUCCAUUACUCUUGUUACCAAGAUUCAAUGUGGCCACAGUAGUGAUUGUGUUGAGUAGGGUUUAUUAAUAUUUAUAUAGUGAAUAAUCUUUGAAAAAUUGAUGGUGCAACAAUAUCAGUGAUAAUAUUGUGGCUCAAGAAAAACCCUCUUAGAAAAGUGGGGAAGGCCUGUGGCCCAGGCCAAGAGGGCAGCAAGGGCCUUUGCUGUGUGGUGUGGUGACUUAGUUUGUAGCUUAAUGGUGGCAUUACCUGAGGCAGCCAUGGGUGUGGGCGUUGGUGAACAAGUAUAUACAUGAUGGGUUUACCGAGUAUUGUGUGAGCCUGGGCUGGCCUCCCGUAGCGUGGGCGUCGGAGCCCGUGGCUUGGGUGGGCAUGGCUCGUCGAGGCGGGGAUGCAGCCAAGCAAGUGGUGGUGUCCGUGGUGGGUGUUUCGGGUGGAGAGAGAGAGAAAGGCGUGACAGGCUUGGGAAAGUCUUGUCUUUGCAACCGCUUCACAAAGCCUCAGGCCGACCAGUACUAUGUCGACCACAUCUCCGUUCUCUCACAGACGGACUUCAGUGGACGCGUGGUAAACAAUGACCACUUUCUGUACUGGGGAGAGGCAGUACGAUUGGCCGAUGAUGGCCUUGAGUUCAGCUUCCAGGUUAUUGAACAAACGGAGUUCAUUGAUGAUGCUUCCUUCAUGCCCUUUAAAGCUGGGAAGAUGGAUCCAUACAUCAAACGCUGUUGUGCCACAAAGAUUCAGUCCGCGGAGAAACUCAUGUAUAUAUGCAAGAACCAGCUAGGUAUAGAAAAGGAAUAUGAACAGCGUGUCUUGCCCGAUGGGAAGCUAAAUGUUGAUGGGUUCCUGUGUGUGUUUGAUGUAUCCCAAGUUCCCAAUCGCUCUUUAGAACGUCAAGUUGAACUCACUGCUAGUAUCCUAAACAACUGCCUCAAAACUAAGCGGCCAGUUGUUCUUGUAACAACUAAGAAUGAUGAGGCUAAUGAGGUGUAUGUAAAAGAAGCUGAGAAGUUAGCCAGCAGAAAAGAGUUUAAAGGGAAUAUUCCUUUAGUGGAAACUUCCUCGCAUGAAAAUGUUAAUGUAGACUGUGCAUUUAUGACAUUAGUGCAUUUGAUAGACCGUAAUAGAGGAAGAAUUCGUAUUGUUCCUUUUUACGAGGCAGCGAGACAUAGAAAGGAAAUUCUUGAUGUAGCAACAGAUGCCUUCCAAAGAUUAGUGCGCACUCAUGUUCUGGACUAUCGGUCUAUAUGGGCCACAACUAGUAAAAAACUUGCUCAAAGUCCUGAUUUUAUACAUUAUGUGGACCUCUUUGGUAUGGACCAAGCGGCCAAACUGUUCCGUCGACAUGUAAAGAAACUCAAAGAUGAGUACCUCCAAAGAAAAGUGGAGGCAUACAUGGACAUGCUGCCCUCCAUUCUGCGUGAAUUCUUCCCUGACCUGCAGAGUUUAGAGGACGGGGAUUGGCUUAGUAUACAACAAAGGAUAAGUGAACAUCCAGAUUUUGAUCGCUAUUUCCUGCGCUGCAACGAAGACAUUCCCUGGUCAGAAAACACCGAGCUCUUGGACUCUGCUGAUACUCGCAUUCCAUUUGAUGUUCUCGACUCGAAUGAAGCAGAGACAGUGUUCAAAAAUCAUGUAAAUGCUCUUCAGGCAGAAUUAGAGAUGAGAGAGAUGCGUGACAAAUUCAAGUUAUUGCUGGCGGAAACUGGUUAUGUGACACCAGGCAAGAGACUCGAUGAAGUGCGUGUGCUCUUCAUGGGAAGAGAGAGUUUUGACUCACUCUCCGAACAUGACCGUCAGUUUAUCUAUGACCAACAUCAGAAGGACAUCACAGAAAAAGCACGACAAAAUUUUCACGAGUUGUUAUUGGAGCAGGCAGAGCUGUUUUAUCAUGUUAAAAGCAUUGCUCCUACUGGCACCAUCACUCAGGAGGACAUUCGAGAAAUAACUCAGACCUUACAAGAAGACAGCAGAUAUAAAGCAUUGGACAGGUUAGAGAGUGAACGAACCUUAUUACUGCUCCAACACUUGGGCUUUGUCCAUUGCCCCAAGAAAGAACAUUGUCCAUCAUUCCCCAACUGCAUGGACUGCCUCAUUGAGAAAAUUAUAGCCAAUAAGGCUGCCAGUAAUAGUCGACCAGGAUCAGGCACUUGGAGCAGUAAAAAUAUAGAUUAUGGUGUGCGCAGCGAUCCACAAGUCAAUUUGAUCUUGUUGGGUAACCAAGGACUUGCUGAAGACCUGCAAAAUGUUAUUCGGUCUGUGUGUGAAGAUGAUGAAUUUGAGUUGGAUAAUCAGAUUUUCUCAUUAGAUUACCGAAGUAUAGACGGAGAUGUAUCUCUCCCACAAAAUUCAUUCAAGACUCCUGAAUUCACUCCUCAUGGUGUUGUGUGUGCAUACAGCAAUGAGGCCUCGUUAGAGUACGUACGAGAGUCAUUAGAGAAAUCAUUAUUAACACAACUAGAAAGGGAGGAGUCAACUCCGACACCGCCCAUCACCGUCCUAUUUGCUCCCGAUCCUGACCUGGACCACAAUACCUCUCAACAUCUACAUGAUGAAGGGGCCAACUUAGCUGAUAGUCCCCCUGGCAGCUUGCAAUGCACCUUCAUGGAUGUUGGACCAAGCGUGGGAAGUGGUGAGGGGCACAGGUUUGAUAGUAGCUUGGUAACUAAGGCCCUGCGCUCCCUAAUCACCAGCAUCCACCAUCGUAACAACUCUCAAAAUAUCUUCAACUCAGCUGUUUUGCCCAGGGACUCCCAACCAGAUAUCAGAAUUAUCAUGUGUAUGCUCUGUGGAGAUCCAUACUCGGUGGAGAAUGUACUUAGUCCACUGCUCAGUCACCAGUGGUGUGUGGUGACAGGAGAGCAAUCUAUCUCAUUACAAACAUUCCUAGAUGACUGCAAGCGUCGUGUGGAGGUUAUAGUGUCAUCAUACCAUGGUGCAAAUGCCUUUCGAGAAGAUUUGGUACAUGGAUUUAUCCUAGUGUACUCCACCAAGCGGAAGGCUUCUUUAGCUACUCUCAGGGCUUUCUCUGCAAACAUUCCCAACCUUCCAAUCCAGAUUUUGGCAAUGACCGACACAAACAGUGCAUCAGCGUUUUUUGGGUCGGAUAUCUCUCAGCAGCUUAUCACUGAAGGUAAUGCUAUUGCCGACAGACUGCAGGCACAUUUCAUGACCUCCACUGCAACUUGCCAACAGAAAACUGCAUUUUAUACACCCUUCUUUAAAGAGGUGUGGGAUAAGAAGCCCGAGAUUGAGCAGGCAUUUAAUAUGGAAGACCCCUCUGGCUUAGACGACUCUGGUGAGGGCACGUUAGAGCGACCUCCUCACCACUAUCACCGCACCAUUACUCUUCCACCACCAAGACGCACUCUUCCGCCCAGAUCCCAGUCUGCGGAAGGAAGCAGUUCCGAGAUAUAUGAAACUGUGCCGACUGAUGGUUCACAGGGUGAUGACUUGGAUGAACCCCUCUCUCCUGUUUUUCCUGAUGAUCAGCCACUCACACCUUCAGAUGAUUCUGAUAUCUAUUCUCAUAUUGACAAUGAUGAAGAGGAGCACCUUGUUAAACCCUCGCAGCUUAAAAAGCAACACAGAUUUCAACAAGGUGGUCUACAGGUGUAUCCCCCUCCCACGACCCCCCCUGAGCCGGCUCCCCCUGACCGUGAGUGUGUGGAGGGUCCCCCACGCCGCUUGGUGAAGGCCACCACACUCCCCACGCCCACUCUGCACUCUGCAACAUCUCGCACCUCCCUCGAUGACCUCACAUGUAACGUACACUAUACUGACCUGAGUGGCUCGCGCGACUCCCUCACCACACGUGACUCAGGCUGGCAGGAUGACAGCUUAUGUUCUCGACGGUGGAGACUAUGGGGAGAGGGUUAUGGUCCCCAAGCCUUCACCACUGGCCGACGGGCUAAGUUUCCUCCUCCCCCGACCAAACACCGACCCAAGGGCAGCCAGACCUUGCAGACGUUGCAGACGCUGAGCGAUGUGGUGUAUCAGGUCACAACCAAGCAACCUGGCAAACUAAACCUUAAGGCCUAUAGCAACGUGACUGAUGCCAUUGGCAAAAUAAACCUGAAAGACGCGGGUCUCCUACACUCUAAACUAACCAAAGUGGGUUCCGUGCACGCACCCCUUGCCACCCCAGAGAACAUGGACCUUGGCCCAGAUUACGCCGCUGUAAAAGAUGCUGUUCCAGUUCUAUAUGGCAGUUUUGAGGCGGGCGACUAUGGGUAUUCCCGAGUUCAAGAGAUACCCCAGGCUGCCGGCUCAAAGGCCAGGCGACAACGGAGGGAAAAGGGGCGGCAAGCAUACUCGGACUCAGACUCUGAAUGGAGUUCCCUUGAGCGGCGGCGUACUGCCGAAUCCUACAAAGUCAACCGCAAAGCCGUACCCAAGAGGAUGAAAAAGAAGCGUCUCCCGAUACCCGUAGCUGCCCCCCGUGUGCCCCCCCUACCCUCCUUCUAUGUUGCCGAGGGAGGACCAGGCACUCGCUAUUCGGAUGAGAGGCUAUUGCUCGACCCCUAUGAGAAAGUGGUGAGUGGAUCAGCCUCAGAUGAUUCCGAGGCCACCGACAGAGAAGAUCCGGCUGCAUCGCACUCCAAAUAUAAACCUCAGAAACGCUCUGUUCAAUUUAAAAAGAAGACAGGAGGCAGGGAGGGCGUGGCAGUGCGACCCCCCGUGGUUCCCCCCCUGCCCCCCACACAUCCCCCGCCCCACCCUCCCACCUCCCACCCACGCAUGGGGCUGGCUGCCACCCCUCACCACAACCCCCUCUCGUACCCCAUGGCAGCCCAGCUUCCCCCAGACACCGACUUAUUCUCCCCCUCAUUUGCCCCUGGCAAGCUUGAGGGAGAUCACAUGUAUAGAGUGAUUCCUGAGGAUGACUCCAGCUUAGAGGUAUCAUCCCCUCGGGACCAGCAGUCUCCGAUCCUGCCACCUGGGGCACCUGCGCGCAAAGACACUGAUAAGACGGCCCGACGUAAGCAAGAGAAAAUCCGUUCUCGAGAAGAAGCCCGGCAACGAGAAGAAGAACGCAAAAGAGCAAAAGAUGAAGAAAAAUUGAAAAAGGCUGCUGAAAAGGAAAAGGUAAUUUAGGAUCUUCCCAAAAUUUCUAUAUUUCACUAUAAAAAUUAUAUUUUUCCAUUUCACUUACCAUUACCAUAUACGUAGUCUUAUAAAUCUACACAGUAAGGUGUUUCUGUAUUAAUGAAUCAUUCUGUAGACUUGUUAUAAGGCUAAAACUACAAUGUUUCUUCCUUUGCUACUCAUGAUGGAUUAACCUUUUCUAAUAUAUUUCUCUUAAUAGUGAAGACU